AUGAGUAACGACUGUAAUAAUUAUAGUAUCGCAGGACGAUACCGUACAGUAAGAAAAAAUUUAGAUGCUUUAGGAUACAAACAAGCGCUUUCGCUUGAUUCUCUUCCUUUAAUUGAACUUUUAUUGGUUGAUCUUGCUCAAGCUAAGGAAACUUUGAAGCAUUUUCAAUCUAUUGCUAAAGAUAAUCUUGAGGCAUGUAGUCAGCUGCAGUUAGUAGUAGAUCCAUAUAAGUGUGACAAUGCAAAAUUAGUUCAAGAAUGCAAUCAGAUUCAUCAAGAAUUAAUAGAAGCUAAUGAAACAAGUCAGAAGCAAAAUAAUGAUUAUAAAAAGAGAAUUAGAAAAUUAGAAAGUGAACUCAGUGAUCAACAGUUAAGCUUUUCUAAAAAUUUACAACGAAUAAAACAAUUAGAAAUAGAAUCUUCAAAUAAAUCAAAAAAGAUUUUAGAGUUGCAAGGGAAAUGUUGCAAACCAAUAGUAAACAAUAUAAAUCUUGCAACUAAAAAACGUUCUUGUUACCCUUUGAGAAGGCCGAUAUUAGAAGCAGAAUCUUUUCCAAAAUCCAUAAGUACAUCAACAACAAAUUUUAGCUCAAAAAGUGUUGAACCAUGUGUAAUUGAUUUUGUAAGUAUGGCGGAUCAUAGGAUCAGUUGCUUAAGCAAUGAAAUAACAAAACUGAAAGAAGAAUUAUUUAUAAACAAUGAACACAUAGAAUCAUUAAAAUUACAGUUGAACACAAAAAAUAAAGAAGUAUCACGCCUAAAAAAGAUGCUGGAAGGUGGAAGACCCUGUGCUUCUAUAAAUAAAGACCAUUGCUGUGUAAGGCCAGAAUUAUUGAACGAAUAUAAACGUAAUGCAAAUUGCGAUGAUUUUCUAAAUGUGCAACAAAGUAAAUUAAAUAUGGAGCAGCAACUGAAAGAGGCUUUAAAUAAGCAGCAUGAUGCUAUGGCUCAAGCUAUGAAAUUAGCAGAGCGAAAUAAAGAGUUAGAAAAUGAAUUGAAAAGUGUUGAUCGAAUGACCCUUGCAGUAGAAGCUGAUUGCAAUUCUACCGUGAAAGAAAAUAAUAAAAGAGUUUUUAGGCUUCAGGAAAAAUUGGAAGAUCUUAUGACACAAGUCCAUGUACUUGAGAAUGAAUUAAUUAUCCAACGUCGUGAAGCACAAGAAUUGAGGGCUGAUUUAGAAGCUUCACGAUUAGAAAAAUCAAAUAUUCAACGUGUUUUAGAAUCAACUCUUGAAGAGAAAAAGCAGAUGAUGAAUAGAAUUAAUACUUUAACUGUAAUGGCAUCAAAUAGUCCAGAUAAAAUUGCAAUUCAAGAAAAAAGAAGCGAUUUACGAAAAACUAGUGCUUCAAAGAAAUGUUCUUGUCAAAAAGAUGUAAUUGACGAGGCACCUCAGUGUAAUAUAGAUAAACUUAUUCAUGACAAGGAUGUGAUAAUUGAAUCGUUGCAAAAUACAAUAGAAAGGAUAGAAAAUGAACGCGAACAUUAUAAAAGUGAAUAUAUCAAAAUUAAAGAUCAGUGUAAAAAAGAUACGGAAAAAGAUAAUGAAAAUAUGUGGUCACAAAUUUGUGAAUUACGUGUACAAAUAAGUGAAAAGGAUCAUACCAUAUCAAAACUUUUGCGAGAGAAAAAAGAAUUAUGCCAAGAGAAAUUUAAUUUAGAAAAUAAACUUCACAAUUACCAAAAUAAACAAGAAAGAUCUAGUUCACCAUGUAAUUAUUGUCGAAGUAGCUUAUCCUCUUUAAGCGAACGAAAAAGUAUUGGUACAAGUAAUAAAACAGAACGCGUGGAACGAGAAAGAGACGUUGCGUUUGCCGACGCUGCAAGACUAAUUGAAGAAAGAGAUGCUCUUCGAGAAAGACUUAAGUUGGCAACGGAAGCGCAUGCGACCGAGCAGCGACGUCUCAGGGAGAACCUCGACGACACUCAGUCGCGCCUUGCGCAAAUCGAGCAGAAAUGGAGGGAACUUUUGCUUGUUCAGGGAACCCGGCGGGCGACUAUCAAUGGCCUCGACGAUCAGCUCAACGACCUGAAGGAGGAUCUGCGCAGGACCAAGCAGGAACUCACCGAGCAACGAACUCAAUACUUCCAGUUGAGAACUUUGCAAGAUCAAACGGAUCAAGCUCUCGGUGACGUGCAAGGUCAACUUGCUCAGUCCGAGAAUGAGUUGUCUGGAGCGUUGGACAGAUACAAGAAUCUGGAGCGCCAGCAAUUGCAAUUUGAUAAUCAAAUUAAGGAGCUCAGGCAAGAAAUCAAUACCCAUCGUUCUAAAGUAGCCCAAUUGGAUCACGAGAAGGAUCAAUUAUUGAUGGAUUUGGAUGAGAAAACUGAGAAAAUAGCAGCUCUGGAAAGGGAAUUAGAUUUCAAAGAACAGCAGGCAAAUGGCAUGGAACAACAAUUACGAGAUCUAUCGUGCACAAAAGAGUAAGUUUUGCUUGGACAUUUAGUUUAUUUAUAAU